AUGAGGGACAAGGAGAAGGGCCUGGCUCGGCUGAAAGUUUGGGUCCGGCGAAUGUCCCGACAGAUCCGGAACGUUCACACGAAUGACGUGGUGCUUAUCAGCUCCACCAGUGGGCAUGGCUUCAAGCAGCUGGAGGAGAGGUUGAGGCACCACCUCUUGCCCGAGGACCCCAAAUGGAUGUAUGUCGUGGGACGCGUGAACUCGGGUAAGUCCACGUUUGUCAACCGCUUUCUGUGGUACAUCGGCUACAAGCAUCAAGGGGCAGUCCACUACAAACGGGCCGUGGGUGGCGUCACCCGCUCGCCUGUGCCCGGCACGACGCUACAUUUCGUGUCCUUCGGCCUGCCGAAGGGCUUCCGAUUGGUGGACUGCCCCGGCAUUCCUUCACGACACCAGGUUACAGCGCAGCUACAGGAAGCCAUGGACCUCUAUGCAGUUGUCCCCCGCAAGCGGAUCAACUCGAUUUCCUACGCUUUGCACACAGGCCGCUCAUUUCUUGCUGGCGCGCUGGUUCGCAUUGACCAGGUGCAGGGAAACAUCAGCUUCUUGACGUCCUUCUUUGGCCUGAGCGUGACGCUUCAUGUCUGUCAGACGUGCAAGGCUGAGGACCUAAUGAGCCGAAAGUCUGGUGAUUUCUUCUAUCCACCGCACAGUCGCGAAGACUGCGAGCGGAUCGGUCCGCUCGUGCGCCACCGCGUGGAGGUCUUUGGCAGCAGUGAUCGUGCCUGGGAUGACAUUGUCAUCGCUGGUAUGGGCUGGGUGUCCAUCAGCGGCUACGGCACCAAAAUUCUCGAUGUCUGGGUUCCUAAAGGAGUCAAGGUAUUCCGACGCCCGGCGCUGAUGCCACAAGAGAUGCGCAGCCGCGGAAUCACUAGGUUCCACGUGAACCACCGUGCGAGAAGCCCCAAAAUCUUCCGCAAGAAGAAUGGCAUUGUGAAGGCACGCCAAGACAAGGAGUUGCGCGACAAGCUGCGGGCCGAACAGGCUGAAGUCGAAGCUCAGCAGGCCGCGCAGGUCGAGGUGCCUGAUGAUGUUGCCUUCGUGGACAUGAGCGAGUUGGAGCUACCCCCAGGGUACUCGGUGGCAGAGAGUGCUGCAGAGCAACCAAAGUGA